AUGCUCGCAACUCAAGCAAUGGCUGUCGACACAACCCGGCAGGACUUUUAUCCAAAUCUUGAUUACUUAAUCAAUCGAUCUGGGUUAUGGCCGGAAUUUCCGCCGUUUAAUCUCGACUUCCGCCCACCGCAAAGUAUUUGCAGCCAGUUCGACCUUGGCAACCAAAUGACUCUCCAAGCCACUGUUGUUCCGGACUUCUCCAAUAACCAAGGCUCGGUUCUCCAUGCACAAGGUUAUCAACAGGACCAACCAUGGCCUGCCAAAGACAUAUGCUCACCACAACCGCAAGACGAUGGAUAUCUACCUUCUCUUCCGGCACAAAACCCUCAAGCAUUCGAAAAGCUUGGGGAUAGCCAAGACAUGAUGGACAUAGACAGACCGAACCAAAUGGUUAGUAACCAAGAGUACACAAGCCUCGGUUCAUUACUACACGGCGAGCAAUCGCGGGUCGGAUCAUUCCCAGUGGGACAUCUACGCCAUCAGUCCUCGGUGGAUUUUGGCGAGGAUCUUUUGCGCAAUAGCCACGACACAGUCAAUGAGAAUAUUUUUGCAGAGUGGUGCUGGGGACCCGGAGAACGCACCGCAACUCGGGCUGCUCAUGAAGGCUCUGUGCAAUGGGGUAGUGACUCUAGCUUCGGCUCCUCGAGAGGGUCUCACACAACGACCACCGGCAGCUCUGGAAACCCGAGGCCAUUCUCUCAUCUGAAGGUCUCUGAACAGAAGGAAGCCGGGCCCAUGGUUCUCCCACGUGGAUACUCCAGCGAGUUCUGCAAACUGAAGGCUGGUAUUUCGGCAUCGUUGAGUGAACAUCCAAUCACUUGGCCGGUACUGAGAACACGGACAAGCCCAAUUGAUCGAGACGUUUUGUCAACUUAUAGAGCUCUUUCAUUGGAAUAUCUCGGCUCUGCGCUGCACGAACAUAAGCCGCUUGCCACAGUUGGACCACGUCGCGAGAAGCUUACAGAGGAGCAGAAGCGACGAAACCACAUUCUGCAUGAGCAGAAGCGCCGUGCCAUGAUCAAGGAGGGAUUUGAUAACCUCCUCAACCUGGUUCCAGAUCUCAGAGAUCGCGGCCUCAGCAAGUCUGCCAUUCUGGCCAAGGCGGCUGAGUGGUUGGGAACCCUUGCAUGUGGAAACAAGGCACUGCGUGCCCAAGCAAGGGUUUUGGAAGGCGCUGACAACACGACUAACUCAAACAAGGUUGCCUCUCGUCAACAGAGAAGUUACAGGCGGUCGAGCCGUCGCAGCUAA